AUGACAGAAGCUCGACGCGCGCCAGACCCCGCCUUCUUCGCCUUGCACAACGUUCAGGCGAUGUUGUCACUUGAGGCGAGGAAGGGUGCAACGUGCGAACAACGAAGGUGCACUGCACACAGCCAAUUACCGAUCGUUGGAAACUACGACGACGACAACGACAGUCCAAGGAGGCGUGUGGCAUCGACCAAUGCACCGCCACAGACCUCACCGAGCAGUCAGUUCGGCAAACCCCACAACCCGCCGUCCAGGUGUUUGCUAGACGCCACGUCGCAACUCUGUCGAGGAGAAUGUCGUAAAGAUGCCUCCCCGCUCAUAACCCAUGCUGGUGAGAUAUGCCGGUGCAAAACUGACGUACCUCUUCGAUAA